AUUCUUAAAUACCAGUCUCGAUGUGGAUAGCGUGAAGUAAGCACGACGGACGAUGCGCUCGUAUCUCCGUUUACUUUCCUUUGUUUACAAGUCGAUCGUAAACGAGCACGGUUAAAUCAAAUCGUACAACAGUAUUGUAUUAAAUAAGUUAGGUGCAGUGAAAUGCUGAGUGGUAGUGUGUAUUCAAAUGUAUGGUAUGAUAAUAAAUUCAACUGAUGGUACGAGAGGUCGUUGUCUGUGAAAAAAUAUGGAGUGGUUGAAGAGUCUGGUGGGGCGCAAGGAUCGUACGGAGGGUGCGAAUGCGUUGGACACUGGGGAUGCGCUGGAGUCAGCGCAAGAACGGCGCGAGCGGUGGCGCAGCGUCUACGUCAUAUACUUCACCAUGUUUCAGAUGUCCCUCGGGUUCAGCAUCGUCCUGACGGGCGUCUGGCCAUACCUAGAUAAGCUCCAGCCCGGCUCGAGUAAGGAAGCGCUAGGUCUAGCGGUGGGCGCCAGUCCUCUAGGGCAGCUGGCCGCCUCACCGCUACUCGGGCUGUGGGCAAACCGGGCAGGCAGCGCUCGCGCACCCAUGCUGGCGACGCUAGCGUUGUUCGUGCUAGCAUCCACGUUGUACGCGCAACUUCACCUCACUCGACCACACGCGCAUCACUGGAUGCUAGCAGCCCGGGCUCUCGUUGGAAUCAGCUCUGCAAACGUCGCAGUGGCGCGCUCGUACUUGUCGGCUGCCACUCGCGAAAGUGAGCGGACACGUGCCGUGGCGGGGGCCUCGCUGGCGCAGGUGCUGGGUUUCGUGGUGGGGCCGGCGAUGCAGGCCGCCGCCGCACCUCUGGGUCCCGGUGAGCCGUACCCACCUCCCGGCUCCUACGUCCAGCCACUGCGCCUCGACAUGUACACUGCUGCCGGCUGGAUCAAUGCAAUACUGGGCCUCAUCAACUUUGUACUCUUUCUGCCUUUUUGCUUCAAAGAGAAGAAAAUCGCAGCUCGAGAAGCAAUGCUCGCCCAAGGGAAAGAAUCGGAGAAAGAAGCUUUAAAGGCGAUUAAACCAGACUACGUGAGUAGUUGGACGCUGGUUGCUGCAUUUUUCGUGCUCGUGUUCAACUUCGUACUGUUGGAGACCCUGGCCACGUCGCUGACUAUGGACCAGUUCGCGUGGAGCAAAAAACAGGCGUUGGAGUACAUGGGCGCGCUCAUGAGCGCUGGGGCUCUUGUUGCCUGCGCGGUGUUUGCACUCAUUGCCCCACUCACGAAGAUUUUUGAAGAGAGAGCGUUGUUGCUGUGGGGCGGAUUUCUUCUAACGGGCAUGGCUUCCGUAUUCUGCAUUCCGUGGGGCCCGGGUCCUCCUCCGCUGGCGCCGGAGUCACUGGAGGCGGGAGGCGGGUGUCCGCAGAGUUCACAGCCUUGGUGUGCCACCUCUCGUGGAAUCUCGCUCACGCAGUUUCUGCUGGGUUACACGUGCGUCUCCAUCGGGUACCCCUUGGGCGUUACGCUCAUUCAGACCAUUUUCUCAAAGGUGCUCGGGCCGCGGCCGCAGGGCGUGUGGAUGGGCGUGCUGACGGGCGCGGGUUGCGUGUCGCGCGCGCUCGGGCCCGUGUUCGUGUCGGCCGUGUACGCGCGGCGCGGGCCCGACGCCACGUUCGCGAGCACGGCCGCGCUCACGUUCGCGGCGCUGGCGGCGCUGCGCCUCGUGUACGCGCGCCUGCGCCCGCCGCCCGCGCCCGCGCCGCCGCGGGAGCUGCGCCCGCUCGCCGCGCCCGCCGCGCCCGACGCCGCCGCGUGACGGGGCGCGCCGGUCGGCCACUCUCGGCUCUCGGAUCGAGACUGACACAUAUAUGAGCUAUAGACGACACGUUUAUAGUUUGGUAAUUGUGACACCGAUGUCGUGUGAUAGUCUGUUUCACGUUGAGAUACUUAAAUAUACGACCUCCUACAUGUGACUGAAAAGAUACAAUCGAGUUAAGAAAAAAUAUGAACCGUUUUGAAAAUGUGUUAUAGAGUGAGUGUAUUGAGUUAUUUUGUAUAGAAUCCGUACGAAGGUGAUAUUUAUCAUCGUACACGAAUGGAAGUCGCUAGAUAUAUUUUGAAGGUCGUAGGGACAAUGUAAAGUCAGGUUAAAUUCCACAAUAAUUAUAUUUAAGCUAUAUCGACGCUAACCGUCAGAUUGUUGUUAGUCGUGACGAGUGAUCAAGCUAAGACGAAACGGUCAGAAGACUGAGUGUUUGUUAAGAGUAUUACAUAAGGUCGGCGCCACACUUAGCUGCUAAUAUUCAACCUUACGUUUCCCACCUGCAAGCGAUAGUAAAGGCUGGUUUACACUUUGAUUAGUGCGAGUGCAGCUGAGUAUUGCGAGUAGCGUCCAAUUCUUGUUUAGUGGCUCUGUUUAAAUUAGGGGCUUUACAGUUGUAAAGGCAUUCAUGUUUUAGAUACUCCUGCACAUAUGUAUAGGUUGUGUCUUCGGUCCACUUUGCCAUUUUGUACAACAACAAGCGUCCGACGCUACACACUAAACGCUAAACACUAAACACUCCUGUCCAGACGUGUUCAGUGGCAGGCACGCUGCGAGUGAGGGGGAAGGGAGGGCGCGCGGGACGUGGCUACUCGCAGUCCACUCGCAAAAAAAUAGAACACGCUUCUAUUCACUUUACUACACAGCCUACUAAUCACUUGCACUAAUCAGUCGCUGUCCACACCUAGUCACUAAUCACCUGCACUAAUAACCUGCACUUGCACUAAUCAAAGUGUAAACCAGGCUUAACGCGAAGUGCGAGUCUUUGUAGCAAUGCGUGUGCGCCAACCAAGUGUGUGCCAACUUGAUACGUGGGUAAUGAGGGUACUAUUGGGACAUGCGGCGCCGGAGGGAAAGGCGGGCUGUACAGGGUCUUAAGAUAUUUUUUUACUUUAAAUUUGUUUCGUAUUAUAAAUACAUUUUACGAAGUAUUUUAUUUAUUAUAUUAAUUUUAUAUAGAUAUGUUAUUUUUGAGACAUAAAUAUUUUAAUUAUAUACAUUUCGAUAAACACAAACAUAAUUUCAGCAAAUUAGUACAAGUAAUAGUUUUAUUCAUUACUUUUAUACGAUUGUUUGAACGUCUUUGACAUGUCACGAUUGUGUUAUCGUUCGCAAUGCCAUGCAGAUGAAACGAUGCGAUCUCUGCCAUAUCUCUGUUAAACUGUAAGAUUAAGGGAUUUUAAGGUGAUACUUUAAGCAAUAAAAUACACAACAGGGUAAAUAUAAUGUUUUAUU